AUUAAGAAACAAUCCAGGCGAAGAAGACGCAAUAGUAACAUAAUCUCAAUAACUAUUGUGUCUUUAAUCAGAAAUUGUUGUGAUGUUGCAUCGUUAGGUCCCUGUGGAUUGUCGUUCCUAUCAAGUAGAAUGUGUUAGACUGUGAUGUUAGAUUUUUAUUUCAUGCCAAUGACAGAUAAAGAAUGUGAUGUUAAACCUUGUAAAUUGAAAAUGCACUCCAUUGAAUCACAUUUCAUUAUAUUGCCUCUUUACAUAGAUAUCAUGUGAUUAUGUUUUCCACUGUAGUCAUUUUUUUCUGUUAUGAUGUAUGUUUCAUUAUCAAAAAGAGUAAAGCCUUAAAUUGACUUGUCACUUUUGCGCAAUGCUAGUAAAUCAAGUAUUAGCAAUUAUUAUUGUGAAUUGCAAAUGCUAUUUCACAUUAACCUUGCAUUAUCAUUUACUUUUGUGCUAAUGUUAUAGUCCAAUAAUGUUUGUAUCCACUUUUAGAUUGAUCAUCAUUGACAUGUUCAUGGUUUGUUCUGAAGUAUUUUGUCCCACAUCAAUACAGUAUGAUGAAGGUAUGUGUCUCUUUGAUCUACUUGACACAACAAACUUGCAAACAACUGAAUUUUCUACAUCAACAGUGUGUUCGAACCUAGAAUGAUCAGUUGUGCAAAUAGUCCCUGUCUUUUUCUGACUCCACGGGCACGCGAACAUGUGUUUGCGCGCACACGUAUCCACGUUCCCGAAAAAUGCGAAACACGUGACAUGGAAUGGUCCAAUCACAAUUUCGUAAUGUGCGCGCUCCCGGUCGAAACCUAACAGACCGAGGAAGAGCCGCCUGCAGACCCGCUAACGCACUGCCCGCUGCCUGGAUAGCAAUCCGUUUUCACAUUGGAAGUGAGGUCUCGGGUAAAAACUGCACAAUGUCUGAAGAGAAGCCAAAGGAAGGUGUGAAGACGGAGAACGACCAUAUUAAUCUUAAAGUAGCGGGUCAAGACGGGUCGGUCGUUCAGUUCAAGAUCAAAAGGCACACUCCGCUCAGCAAGUUAAUGAAGGCAUACUGCGAACGACAGGGCUUGGCGAUUCGUCAGAUAAGGUUUAGGUUUGAUGGACAGCCAAUCAACGAGACGGAUACCCCUGCACAGUUGGAGAUGGAGGACGAAGACACAAUUGAUGUAUUUCAACAACAGACGGGAGGCUCCUUCUCCUAAGAGGACCGUGGACGAACCUCAGAGGACACGACCCCCGGAAGAGCGACUUCUUCUUCUCUCAUUGUCAUUGUUUCUUUUGUUUUGGAUCCUUCCUUCUUCUACCCGCACCCAAACUGAAAGCUCUAUAAUUCAUUCAGGGAUAUUUCGUUGUGGCCAGAUCCUAACAUUGCCACCGUGUUCAAAAUGCUAAAGUAGUGUGUACUAUUUAUCUAGUAUGACAUGUUCCAGACACGAGCAAGCUGGCCCGCAGGGAAACACAAGGGGAGGUCUGUUAGCGAUGCCUAAGAUUAAUAUGAAAUCGCCCACUUAGUGUCUGUUUCUGUACCUGCGGUGAAACUCUGCGGUUCUGAGCACUGCGCCCUCGGUAUACUGGGUGGAAGAGAGCUGAGAUAAAGAUAUGUUGGAUUUCCUAAAAUAUAUAUAUAUAUAUAUAUAUAUAUAUAAACGUAUACAUACAACUCAUGUUAGUCAUCUUUUAAGGAGCAACAGUCAAACUAAUGUCAGAUUUAUCCAUAUUCCAUUUUUAACUAUAGGAACAGAAGAGAAGUAUGUAUAUGGACACUUGACCUCAAUUAUGUCGCUCCCCUUGAGUGGAGUGAUAAUAAACGAUGUUAAUGUAACCCGGACCAAAAAUGUUACGUGAAUAGCUUUCCGAAUGAAGCAGUAUAGUGUCAGGGUGUUCGAUCCCACUACUUAAAGGCUUUACGUCACGUUGGAGCAGGGAUAAGUUCACUUGUGUUUUCAUGCCCCCUCAGUCCUUUGGCCAUAAAAAAAAAGGGAAUCCCCCCCCCCCCCCCCCCCAGCGUCCAAGUCCUCUAUCCCCAACAGGCUUCAUUCACUAAAAUCUAAGUUGUUCACAUGAUCGGCUACAUUACAACCUAAUCAUUGAGGCAUUGCUCUUUUUGGGAGUUCUUGAGUUCUUUGUCAAGACAUUACUGGCACACUGGUCUGACCGAUGGCUGAGGCCGGACUGGCCUUCAGAGGCUGGGGGGAAUUGGUUAACAUCUUUCACAGAUAAUUGUACAUUUUCUUUUUGUUGUCCUUUUACUGUGUACAAUAAAUAUAGUUUGGUACUUAGCCUCUUGCAUUGAUAUAUCAUUUAUGUCUAGAGUACUUUCAAUCCCUCAAGCCGCAACACCCGGUUGCAAGCGCUAUUGAAUGCUGUUAAUAAAUUGCCUAAUUUUAAGGGGAGUGCCACUGAAUUUGAGUGUUUAAGUGGUCAUUGCUAUACUCUGCAGUACUGCUUUGUUAUAAACGUAAUUGCCUUAUCCAAAGGCAUUACAUUUAUGUAUCCCAAGUUAGUGCACAUGUGUAGUGUAUAUUUGAAACUGAAGCUUUGUAGAUAAAUAGGUGAUGAAACAUUUGGUACAUGAUUUACUUUAAUUUGAAAAACGUUAUUUCAUAAUGUGGCAUGUUAUUGUACACUAGAGGGCGCUGUUGUACAUGGAUGUACUGUUCGAUUGUUGACUUGGUAGUAUGAUCACACACGGCUGAAUAGGGUCCUGCUCUCAAUGUUGUAACCGGUUUAUCUACUUUCAAAUGUAUCAGGAUUAUACGUUUAUUUUCAUUUUUUUGAAUGGUCUGGCAGUGGGGUCAUUUUUGACCUUUUGAAAAUGUUUAUGGUUUCUCAGACACCUUUUAUAAAAACUUCAGCAAGUCGUCAAGUGCGACAUGGACCUUAAGCACAAAGACAUUACAUUUGCGCCCAUGUCCAACAGGUGAAUAGCCUGUGCAUCGGUGGAUCAAAGUGUAGACUUUAUAUGCAACCAUGCCAGUUUGGUCUGGUGUGACAGUAGAGCACACAGCUCAAGCACUCUGACAUUUAAAAUAGGGUUAUUGCUCGAAAAUCUGCAACAUUUGGUACAUAAUGUGAAAUGCGUCAGCUGUGCUUGUAUCCCUAAUGGCGCUCACUUACGCCCAGUGUUGAGUUUCUCCAGAGUCCAGUGAAUAACGCCACACCACUGCGCAUCUGGAUAACUUCUGGAUCUUCUCCAAUGUGUUGUUGAUGUCAUCCUCAUGUGACUAAUGUGGAGACUUGGACCCCACCCUGUCAGGAUAUCAAAUUACAUCCCAACAAUGGCUAAAGGGGGCAGAAAAACGUGACCCUAGGAUUAUAUACCUUUGUGUUUUUAAAUAAAACAGCAUUUUGUGUUAAUGAAAUCUUGAC